CGCUCGCUGCAGUACGACCACCAGCUCUGCCUGUCUGUUUGCCUGUCGCCGCACAGAUCACCGACACCAACCGCGAUGAGGACUGCGCUUAUAGUAGGACUGCUGACACUGCUGGCUCUGGACGUCUGUCAAUCCAAAGCUGAUGGUGAGAAGCAAGGGGAUGGGUCCAGGACCGUUGAUGCCGACACGGAAAAACUUUUUGAACAACGAGACCAACCACUGCGGAGCUACAGCAGCAACAAGCGGGCUGAAUUGUAUGCUUGUCCAACAGACAUGUGUGGUACUUCUGGAAUGGGCACGUGCAAGACUGACUGCAUGGACGGGGAAUUCACUGCCGGAAACUGUGAAUCAUCUCCUUCCAAGUGCUGUGAACCUUGUGAUGCAGCUGGAAGCUGUGAUGAUGGCCGCUGUGUGAGUGACGCCAGACUCUGCACUCCAGACGAGUACAGUGACGGGGACUGUGGCUUCGGGAGCUGCUCCUGCUGUAAGACCUGCCAAGCAAGCGACGACUGUGCGGAGGCCGGAGGUCAGUGUAUCAAGGCUGAUGCUACGUGCGGUGCCGGCUUGUCGCCAAACCCUCGACUUGGCUGUAGCGAUGACAAGAACUGCCAAUGCUGUGCGCCAGCAGAUAGACCUGAACUUAGAGUAUGCGAAUCCACCAACGCCUGUGCUGGUGGCCUCAACCCGGGGAGAUGCGUUUUUGAAACAUAUUAUUGCAACGAUAUAAAUGAAUACCUAACAGAUGAUGCUUGUGGCUCCUGCACGUGUUGCAGGACCUGUGAGCCAGACUAUUUGUGUGCUCAUAAGAAUGGCAUAUGCGUCAACCCAACUCGGGGAGCUAUACGGACAAUCUCUCUUCACGAUCAAUGUCCCACUGGAUAUUAUCAUAAUUGGCUCGGCACUUGCAACACUGGUGACUGCAUCUGCUGUGUUCCAAAGCAUCAUCUUGGGUAGUGAAACUGUGACCCUGAGCCACCGCCACCGCCUGCACGACCGCCGCCCUGACCGAGGACUGACCCUGCCCUGACCUGCCCUUGACCUGACCCGCCUCACCUUUAUGCACGGACUUCGUGCACGUGCGCCGUGCACGCUGACCCUCUGCAGAGUAUUCAUUUUUCCUUCUUCUUGGGCUUGAUGCCAGAGCACCCUUUUGCAAAGAAAAACAAUAAAAAAAAAUAUAUAUGCACAAACGUAAAUACGUAGAGAUUACAAAAACUUAACAUUUCAGCAGACAUGAAUUUUGACUUUCGAAAUUCUAUGUAUGUUCAGCUCGCAAUAUGUGUGUACCAGCUGUUCAGAAUUAUGCUGCAAAUAAAAUAGAAGCAAUCCUUAAAAGUGUUGAUGGAGGCAAGUA